UCCAUUCCUAUAACAUCCCACAAAAUUUCAAGAGAAAACCAUAGAGAAUUGUUGAAGAGAGAGAAACAUAAAAAAAUAUGGGUUGGUUUGUCAGAGAAAGAAGAGGAAUAGGCUGGAGAGAUCAAACCCUAGAUUCAAUAUCUCCACCUCCUUUGCCUUUGCUGGUGUUUUUUGGUUUGCUGAUUAUGUUAAUGUUUCUGGCAAGUUAUUCACAUUACAAGGCAGAAUUGGAGAAGAGCAAGAUGAAUCUGAAGCUGUUAUUUUUUCUUUUGCCUCUUUUGGUGAUUUUGAUGUUGAAUUUCAUGGUGGAUAACAGGUGGCGGUUCUACACCGGAAUUUCAUCCCCAGCCUAUGAAACUGUACGUGAUGAGGGUAGUGCGCCGUGGGGUCUGUUGCUGAUGCUGGUGUUUCUUCUGAUUAUGGUUCAGUACCAGUCUUCCUUUCAGUUAAGCUGGUUUCGUGCUUUUUAGUCCCAAUUAUAUGACCCUCGUGGGAGUCAUAUUCUAACUACUUCGACUAUUUCUGAGCACUUCAUAGUAUUUUAGAAAAGUUUGAAGAUUCCCCCAAUUUCUCGGAGAUUUGUAUGAUUUGGUCAAGGUGGUGUAAAUGUGUUGUCUUUUGUUUUUUUU